UUACCCGUGGAGAAUGUGAGCACCUCUUAAAUAUGUUCGUGAGAAUAAAUAACAAACGAUCCUUCGCAAAUUUGGAUCGACUCAAAUUCCGUGAAACGUUGCACCAUUUGUUUAACAUUACCGAUGAUUUAUUGUUGGAUGGAAUUGCUUUUAAGGCGUAUGAUUUUAACUCUGAUGGCAUUUUGACGCGCGAGGAAAUGUUCCUAUUGCUGAAGUCCUCACUUGUAAAGCAACCGACAGACGAUGAUCCUGAUGAAGGCAUCCGGGAUUUGGUUGAUAUAGUAUUUAAACGCCUGGAUAUGGAUCGAGACGGUAGAGUAAUCUUUCAAGAUUUCCUGACGGCCGUACAGGAUGAUCCGCUUCUGUUGGAAAUACUGGGCCAAUGCUUCCCCGAGGAAAAAGUCGCUGCUGCGUUCCUGUCUACCUUCCAAGAAGUCAAUUUACCCGUGUCCAUAUCAUACCUUAAGCCGAACAGACCCACGGUGAUGGUGUAGGACAGACGAGGUUAGCGGCCAUCCCAAAGGACACAUUCUGCAUAUCAUGACUGGGCAGAUGCCUACCGAUCGUCAUCUUAACGUGAGUCAUUCUAUAAGUAACGACAGAAGGCGUUUGUCAAAAACUUCAGUGGAUCAUGAUUUACCACAAUCUUUCUCUAAAAUCCUAAAUAAUACUCAGUAAUGUGUU